UACAAAGGAAACGAAACAAGGAGACACGCGAGUGUAUUAAGGAAGCGUCCGUGAUUUUAGUCGCUUACAGUCACAUGUUUAUCUUGUAUUGAUCAUAUGACUAUCGCGUUCAAAAAUGACAGCUGGAUCCAGCCAGCAGAAUGCAGCAGUGGUCUUAUUAAUCAUUCAUUUAUAUUUAUAUGGGGGUUAUCAACUGACUGAGUUACAGAUAUGCCACCUCUGCAACGGAACAGUGCAGAAUAGCACCGCGCUGGGCCAGUUCUGUUCCGCAUCUGCGGGCUUGAUUGACGGAUGCUGCUGCCUGCUGCGAAAAGAAAACACCAGCAAUGCUGACUACGUCAUCGGGUUGGAUCUAUCAAAUUGUUCUCUAAGUCAUGUCGAGGACCUUCAACAGGCAUCAACAGCUGCAAUGAUAGAUAUCUCACUGAACCCCAUAGUUCAACUGAACAAUUCACUGUUUCAAGGCUUCAUCCAGCUGGAUAACCUGAUUCUGCCUGUCAACUUGGCCUGUCCAGGAGGCAAUGUAUCAUGGAAUAAAGUGGAGGUCAAAGGGGACACACGUCACUGUGAAGGACAGAAGGACAUCUGCAACCAGACUGGACAUCUGUCGUUGAAUUGCCCUGAGAACUCCCUCUGUGCAGCGUACGGUCCGGGCUUCUUUGAGUGUAGCUGUGUGGACGACUUCCAUGGAUACAAGUGUCUUCGAGAGGGGAAGUUCCCUAUAAUCCAGGUGUUCGGGCUUCUAGGGGCCUCUACAGUCCUGGUCUCCAUCCUGCUAUGGGUCACCCAGAGACGCAAGGUCAAAUCUGUCUGAGGUUCUACCCACUCCUCUGGUCUGAGGCCUGGCCUUGGUACUCUAUGGUUGGAAAACACUUGUUUUCCCAGUGAUUCUGACAUGAAGAGACAAGGGGGGAAAAACAUGUGAACAUUUUUAAAACUGACUUUAGGGUGGACAGUCAAGUGUAUUCUAAUGGAGACGGUUGUAUCAUUGCUCUGGACCUUUAUAAUUUUAAUCAUCUGUUUUGAUGGGGUUGUUAAAAUCUUUGUUUUUAUCACCACAGAUGUUGCAAUUGUUGUAGCCUUAAAAAAAAACCUUGCAGCCAUUUGUCUAGAUCAACAUGAAAUCUAAGAGAUUGUGAUGCAAGACAAUACAUGACCAUCACUUUAUUAUGGCCUACAGUAUAUGUGCCAAAUCAUGUUUAUAAAAAGCUUACUAAGAUGCUUGGGGCCAGUUUCCCGGACAUAGACUAAGCCUCGUACAGCACCAAAACAUCUAUUUCAAUAGAGAUUCUCCGUCGAGCAUGUUUUUAGUCCAGAACUACGGGUAAUCUGUGUCCGGGAAACCGGCCCUUAAACUUGAUCAAUGAAGCAUUAAUUGUAGAAGCAAUAAUGUGCAGUAUGAAGUUGCAUUAGCCCCCCCCCUCAUUUUUGGGAAAACUGAUAUAUCAAGAUAUCAGUUGAUUAUAUACAUUAUAGGGAGACAAACACAUUGUUUGCAGAGAGUACUGCAAAUGUUGAAUUGUAUGUACAGAUUGUUCUUAUAAUAAUACAUUAUUGCUGUUGUUUGCAUUUUGUAUUUCAUCUUGGAUUAAAGAAGAUAUUAUAUACUGACAAUAUAGAUAUGAUAUACUGACAAUAUACUGUCUAUUGAACAAAAAUAUAAACGUGAACAUGUAAAGUGUUGGUCCCAUGUUUCAUGAGCUGAAAUAAAAGAUCCCAGAAAUGUC